AUGCAUUGCGCUUUUUUUCUUUUUAUUCUUUUCUAUUUAUUAUGCUUACCAUUAUCGCCUGAAGGAUAUAUAACACAUGAUAUAGUAAAAUCAAAUUCUGUGUUAUAUGCAGUAAAAAAAAAAAAGAAAAAAAUACCUAAAAUGGUUCACAUUACUGUGAGCAGUGACAAUGAAAUAGGGAAAAAAGGGCAAAUAAAGAAGGUAAAACUGUCCCACGCCUUCAACUACAUUAUACCGCAAAAGCUUGGAUAUCGGAGUACCAUCGACGAACUAGUCGAAAAGGAAAAGAAUGAAAACACACUUAGAUAUAUAGACGAAAUAAAAACAAGUUUUCUAUGGGAGUAUAAAAGGAGAUUGAAUGGAUUAAACAUUCCUUUUGAAUUUAACAAAGACGUAAAAAUUGUUGUUACCCAAGAGGAUAUACUAGAUUAUGUAAUUUGCAGAGGAUUAAUAAGAGAAAACGAUGAGUUGUACGAUAAAAUAAAAAAUAAAAAAAUAAAAUUGGUAGAUUUUGGGACCUACCCAAUAAUAUAUAGGUUUAUGAAUAAUAUUAACAUCGACAUUACGGUUCAUAUUAUUAAAAUAAAUGAUUAG